UACACAGUAAAAUCCGCUGUGUUAAUUAAGCUGUGUUAAUCUGCAUUUACUCAAAAUGAGUUAAUUUUACAAGAAACGGUGAAAGACACCCCCUUGUGUUGGUGAAAAUGAUCAGAGUUGUAUUCUACGUCGUUAACUUUGCUCUGUUAAGCUCCGCCCCUCAAUCUACCCCCUGCAGAGAACGUGUUGGAGUUUUGUCGGCGCCAUUUUCUGCUCCCUCGUGCGUAUAGAUUUGUACUGUGAACUUUCUGAAGAAGACGUUAACGUUAGGCUACAUUUAGCCUCGAAGUUUUGCUUUCAAGAGCAACUCUGCAAUGUUCCAGGUAACUGUUAGGUCAGUAUUUUGUUGUUUCAACAUAUUAAGAUGGUAACUUACAGAGAAAGUUAUAUGAUAUAAACAUAUGUAGUGUAAAAUUAACUGUCUCUGUAUGGCUGUCGAGCUCACUGCUGGUUAAAUAUUUUCAGUCAAUUUCAAAUUACUUCCUAAUUAACGUUUCUCUGUUAAGAGGUUGCAUUUUAACAGCUUGUUAGUGUUGUCAUGAUACUGUUUUUCGGUAACAAUUAACGUUACUGAAAUUCGCUGUUGAGCGCGGUCCUAAACCCCGCCGUUUGGCCGUGAAGGUCAUCAGUUCACCGCACUUAACCGCUGUUUACCGAGUGCAAACACCGAUACAGAGACAGCGGAUCAUUUUAAAACUGUGAAUCAUCAGCGGAUCUCUUAAAUGUCAGCCCAUAGACACGCCAGCUCAUAUUCGAGGCUUUUAAAACGAUCAAGUGGCGUGCAUCUGUGUUUGUGCCCAGUAAACAGCGGUGACAUGUAGUGAUGGGUCGUUCAUAAACGAUUCGUUAAAUUUGAAUGAAUCUUUUGUAUGACUCGAAAACGUUGAGUCCUUUCGGAGUGAUUCGUUUAAUUGCACAAUUGUGCAGGUGGGGCAGAAGAUUCGUUCCUUUUCGAGUCUUCUAUGUGCUUUGAGUCGUUCGUUCAUCGCGUGAAAGACAGAAGCCAGUCAUGCAUUUAGAGCCGGAAAAAGUUUUGAUUCGUUCAUUUAUCGAGUCUUCGGAUUUGAUUCAUCUCUCUUCACGUGCUGUCACAUGAUAAACGAACGACUCAAGAACCAGAAGACUCGAGAGGUAAACUAAAAAUCAUGGCAGCUUAAUUAAUGUGGGUCUGUGUGACGUGAACGAACCACUGACGUUUGAAGACCUGAAGCUGAUAAUCAUAGACAAAAGACCAGGUAAACAAUAAACGAUGAUUUACACUUAUAGCAUUCCAAGUUAUGACUUGUUUGUGUAAUGUGGCAACGUCUGUGCUAGUUGGAGAUGAGUUUGGAAGCAACUUAUUACAUUUGAAUAAUAUUUUGGCUACUCAAAAACACUUAAAUAUUAGCGAAAAUGGAUGCUUUUAAUUCCAGUACCAAUUAGUACCAAAAUUCAGUAUCAUGACAACCCUUCAGCACAGACAUUAUUUCAAAAUUAAGUGGAUUAGAAUCAUUUUUUUCUAUGGUGAAUGUGUGUUAUACUUUGACAUAACAGGAAAAUGAUUGUUGACAUAUUGGUGUUUUCUUUUCCCCCAAGUUUCUGUGCAUAUAAGGCUCUACAGAUCACAUCAGCAUGCUGGUAAAGGUGAAAUUUGGGGAUGCACAAAAGUUUGUUAAAAUAGCCAAUCUGAACCUGGAGGACUUUUUGUCUGAAGCCUUUUUGAAGUUUGGGGUUCCAAAUGUACCUGAGAACGUGAAGGUUGUGGAUGAAUCUGGGACUGAGGUGGAUGGUGAUGUUUUUGAGGAGUUAAUCAAAGAUCCCUCCGUUGGCGUUCUCACCAUAAAACAUGGUGCAGAUUUGGAACCGGCCUCUCCACAAUCAUCUUCUAUGCAUUUAGAUCAGUCUCUGUCUUCAUCCAUUGACUCACUUGACUCUCAGGAUACAGUCAUUAUUGAAGAAGGCCCUGACAGUAAGCGAAUGAAGCUGGAUGAUGAAGCAAAAAAGCUGGUGCAAUCUGUUCUUGUCAAGAAACCUGGAGGUGAGAGUAUAAUAAAUGAGUAUAACAGAACAAAGGCUUUGAAGGAUGAAACGAGGAGAAAAAUGGUUAAUAUCCUGGCAGCUGAUAUGACCGAAAAAAAUGGAGGAUCCCCACCAAGGCUGGUCAAAGAAAAAUAUGCCAGAGGAAUCGUGGCUUUGUUCCCUUACCUCAGUGACCCCUAUUCCAAAAAUGGCUUUGAGCAUUACUAUGAUGGUGAGAGUGGCACCGGAUAUUUGGCAUGGAGAAUCAAAACUAUUCAGAGAAACCUGGCUAAAGAACGACGAGGAUCAUUUGAAGGUCAAGUGUCGUAUGCUGAGCGGGGAUCCGGUGGACCAACUGUUGCAAGGCAUUCAAAGUUUACUCCAGAGAUUGUCCUGAGUGAGGAUGAAUGCAAGGAAGCAAUUGCGUUCAUGAACCAUUCUGCUGAUGAGGAUGCCAUCAAGAAGAAAAUGAAACUGACAUUUGAUUAUCGUCGUAAGAUGGUUCUUGAUCCCAUGCAGUCCAGUGAUCUAUUGACAAUUUUUCCUCGUUUCAAGGACAUUAAAGGCUUGAUUGAGCAAGACUUUGUUCUGAUGUUUGGAGAAGGAGUGUCAGGCAAGCUGCUAGAGAAGUGGACAACAGCGUUCAAGAAAAAAGUCAUUCAGCAGUGCAAAAGACUUCCUGCAACCAGCGAUUUACAGGAACUUUUGCUAGCAGCAGAAUCUCUUCGUGAUGACACUGAAGAAGAUGUUCAUAUUGUUUGGGACAGCGACCUUGCUUCAGUACUACUACUGUUGCAUCUGAUUCCACCAUCUGCUCAAGGCCGGAAGAGACCAGGGAAAGUUUCUGCUUCUCAAGCAGAAAAUCAUCUUGUUGUCUUCAAGAAGAGUGGAACAAACAUCGAGGAGCAUCUGCAAGACAUCUCUGCGAGCGCUCAGCCCUAUCUCCUGGCAGUAGGUCCUCAGAAGGAUUCAAUUCACCAGUUCUUCAUCAUCCUUGAUCAGCAUGCCAUUCCAUGCAAGUCCACCUCUUCUCUUGGUGCCUUUGAUGAACUGUUUAAGGCACAUUAUGUUUUUGGCACCUCUUACAACACCAUGCUGCACAACAUGUACACUUUCAUUCAAACCACUGUGUACAACAUAGAUGUUGGGAAAGUGAAAGAAAGUCCUCGUGUUGCUGAGGUUAGGGCAAGGCUGCUUAACUAGGUGCCUAAAGUUCCAGUGCACUCAUGAAGUGUUUUGUUUGUGAGACUGAAUUAAAUGGUUCAAAAAUGCUUGUUAGGCACUUCAGAUUUGUUCAUGGUUUGGUUCCUGGAAAGAGCCUUCGACUUAAAUGUGUAGAGGCAGGAUGCGGUUCUGAGUUUGGUACCUUCUCAGGUUUUAGAAAACAUUUGAAUAUAAAACAUCCUGAACAAUGUGAACAGAGUUGUGACCCUAGUGGCAUCUGUGAGACAGAGGAAGAAAAUAGUGCUGCAAUGUUCCACCAGAGUGACAGUGCUGAAGAUGUGGCCACAACAUCUGUAAUGUUAAAGUCUAAUAAGAACACUUUAGAUAUGUGUGCGUCUGCUGUUGCACAACUGAAAGUUGCUGGUUUAAGUCAGUCUGCAAUAAAUGGUUUUGUUUCAUCUAUGGAAGAAGUGGUUUUUGAGAUUCAUAGUCAAGCCCAGGAUGCAGCUUUGCUCUGUAUAUCUUCUGAGGACACUGUUAGUAAAAGGAAAAUAGAGGAAUCUUUUACAAAUUUAGAAAAUCCAUUUACUUUGUUAAAUUCAGAAGUCAAGCGACAGCGACUGUUUACAGCGAAAUGGGGAAUUGUUGAACCUAGUGAAAUAGUACUCGGCACAAGAUUUGACAGCAGAAGAAAUAAAAUUACAGGAACAUUUGAUCAAGUUGUUGUGACUGAUAAAUUUUCUUAUAUUCCCAUUUUAGAAACACUAAAGACAAUUUUAAAAAAUCCACAACUUACCCAUUUGUUUAAACCCAGACACAUUUCAAAGGAAGGAAUUUAUGUGGACUUAAGUGAUGCAGCACAUUUUAAAAGCAGUCCUUUAUUUUCUACAGAAAAAGAUGCCUUACAAAUUCAGUUAUUUUAUGAUGAUUUUGAGACCGCUAAUCCACUGGGCUCAAAAAAAGGUAUACAUAAAUUGGGUGCAAUCUAUUUUUCAUUAAGAAAUUUCCCACCAGUUUUUAACUCCUCACUGGUUAAUAUUCAUUUAUGUGCCCUCUUUCAUGCACAGGAUGUUAAGCGCUAUGGUUUUAACUCCAUAAUUGAGCCCCUUGUCAAUGAUCUGAAAGUGCUUGAAAUUGAGGGAGUUAAGAAUCCAGUGUCUGGAAGAUGCAUUAAGGGUACCAUCGUUCAAGUCACAGGGGAUAACCUAGGUCUGCACAGCUUGUUUGGCUUUCUGGAAUCAUUUGGGGCUCGAUAUUGUUGUGGUUUUUGUCUGCUUGAAAAGCAUCAGUUUCAGUCAGUGUUCUCUGAAGAUAGUCCUGAGGUUGAACUAAGAACUGCUGAGAUGCAUGCUCUGCAUUGUGAAACUUUACAGUCUGAUUCUACACUACCUCACGUGUAUGGUGUCAAAAGGGCAUGCUUAUUAAAUUCCCUCAAAUAUUUCAACACAGCCACCAAUUUUGCUGUUGAUAUAAUGCACGACAUUCUAGAAGGAGUUGCCCAGCUAGAGGUAAAACUUGUUCUGCAGUACAUUCAGCAUAAUUUUCUGAGUGCCAAUGAUCUUGAUGGUAGAGUACAUGCUUUUGACUAUGGUUACAAUCAGCAGAGAAACCGUCCUCCAAAAGUCAAAUUGCUUGAUGGAAGCAAUGAUUUAGGUUUAAAUGCUAUUCAAUCUUGGUGCUUAUUGCGCAAUUUGCCUUUAAUAUUUGGAGAUUUAAUACAUAAGGAUGAUAAACACUGGCAUCUUUUGCUUUUACUUCUGCAGAUUGUUAACAUUGUCUUUUCACCUGUCUUAACAGAUGGCAUGACCACUUAUCUCAAACAUUUGAUAAUUGAACAUCAUCGGCUAUUUAAAAUGUUAUUCCCCCAAAAAAAUCUUCUGCCAAAACAUCACAUCAUGAUACAUUACCCACAAUGUAUAAGGAAAAUUGGUCCAAUUUUGCACACAUGGUGUAUGCGUUAUGAAGCUAAGCACAAAUUCUUUAAAACACAAUUAAAAAGUUUCAAAAACAUCACCAAAACACUAGCCAAAAAGCACCAGAGUUGUAUGGCAAUGUAUUGGGAGUCUUUUAGCCAGUACAGACUGACUCUUGGCCCAGGAAAGAUGGUGGAACUCAGGGAAAUUAGAGGUGGCCCAGAGAUUGCUUCAAAAUUAGGUGUGGUAAUAUCUGAAAUAGUCUAUGCUGUAAAGUGGAUCAAACAUCAUGGCACAGAGUAUCGUCCUGACUUUAUUAUCUGCACAGAAGUAGCACAUGAGAUGCCAGUGUUUUGUAAGAUCAUGACUCUAGCUGUCAAAAAUGAAAAUGUACUGUUAUGUGGCACACUAAUGGAAACUGUAUGUUUUGAUGAGCAUUACUAUGCUUUUACAGUCAGACUGCAUCCAGACAAAGUUUUAACAGUUGUCAAUGUUAAUGAGCUGUGUUAUUUCAAACCAUUUGAUCUUCAAAGAAAAUAUGGUACAACCGAUUCUGUACUUCAUAUUGUACCAUAUUGCCAUUUUAUGCAGACUUGAAAUUUUUGCACUGUAUUUUUGUAAGCCUGAAUGUUUUAAUAAAAGUUUUAACUGAUA